CUCAACUGGAGUCGGAACAGUCAUUGAAUGGGCAUAUCAAAAUGGCGGACCAAGAAUCGUCGGUGAGGGAGUUCGUUGCUGUUACUGAUGUUGAUGAAGAGAGGGCCCGUUUUUUCUUGGAGUCUGCCGGUUGGGAUUUGCAGCUUGCCCUGGCCAGUUUCUUUGAAGAUGGUGCUGAGGAUGACAUAGUGACACUACCUCAGCCAGAGAGUGGUGGAUCCUCUGUGCCUCGUUCCACAGGGCCUGGCAGGAGUGAAAAUAGAGUGACCUCCUUCAGGGAUAUGAUGCACGAGGAAGAAGAUGACAGUGACGAGGAGGAAGGGGAAAGGUUCUUUGCUGGGGGUUCUGAACGCAGUGGGCAGCAGAUUGUGGGCCCCCCCAAGAAGAAGAGCUCUAAUGAGGUGGUGGAGGACCUCUUCAAGGGGGCUAAGGAGCAUGGGGCCGUACCUGUGGAGAAGGCUGGGAGAGGCCCAGGAGAGCCUAGUCGAGCCAGGCCGUUCAUUGGCGGUGGCUACCGGCUUGGUGCAGCGCCUGAGGAGGAGCCUGUUUAUGUGGCUGGAGAGAGAAGAGCUGCUAACAGCCAGCAGGAUGUGCAUGUAGUCCUGAAGCUGUGGAAGACAGGUUUCAGCCUGGGCGACGGUGAACUCAGAAACUACAGUGAUCCUGGCAAUGCCAUUUUCCUGGAGUCCAUCCGUAGGGGGGAAAUUCCUUUGGAGCUGAGACAGCGCUCCCGGGGGGGUCAGGUCAACUUGGAUAUGGAGGACCAUCGGGAUGAGGACUUCUCCAAACCCAAGGUUACCUUCAAGGCAUUUGGCGGGGAAGGACAGAAACUGGGCAGUGCCACCCCUGAACUGGUGUCUGCUCCACGUAUGGGGGACCAGGACCAGGUAGCCAGUGAGGCCCAGGCCAUCGCCUCUGUGAACCUGGACGCCUCCCAGCCUGUCACAAACAUCCAGAUCAGACUGGCCGACGGGGGAAGACUGGUGCAGAAGUUCAACCACACUCACAGGGUGUCGGACGUGCGUCAGUUUGUGGUGGGAGCUCGACCUUUAAUGGCCGCAACAGAGUUUGUGCUCAUAACAACCUUCCCCAACAAGGAGCUGACUGACGAGAGCCAGACGCUGCGGGAUGCCAACCUGCUCAAUGCAGUCAUCGUGCAGCGGCUAAAGUGAUGGAGCCCCCUGGUGGCCUGGCUGGUUCACAGCUCUUUGGUCCCCCUGAGGGACGAGACACCAUGGACUUAUGGACUUCUAAUUCCUUUUUUUUCUAUAGUGAUACGUUUUCCCUCUUCAGCAGUUGGAGGGGCAAAUGUGGGGAACGGAUAGGGCUUCAAAGAAAGGCAGAAGAAACAGUUGAUUUGGUGGUAAAAGCUGUUUAGAAAGUAUUAGGUGAACACGCACAGUAACAAUAAAGCUUUCUUAAGUUUCAGAGAUUGCUUUAGAUGUUAAUAAUACUGUUAUUCGUUUUGUUCAUCACUUUCUAUCUUCCACUUAUCUCUCCUCUGGCUCAACCCCUGCCUGUUAGUUUGGCUUUUUCCACACAACAAGUUGCCAUCAGGUCAACCCAACCGCAAAUGUACCCAAUGUAUGCCAGUAGCCUUAUGCGCCCAUCGUAUUCAGAAUCUCAAUAAAGCGUCAAAACAGUCCCAACACUAAGGAAGUGGGAUUUAGAUUGCGUAACAUGUAAUAGCUAGAUUGCUUUACUAUCAAACUAAUGAUUGAACAGAAACUCACUUUAUAACUUGUAGACAAUGGGUUUUAGUGGCAGGUUGAUCUCACUGAUCUCUACGCAGGCUUGGACAAAAACAGGACAGUUGGAAUGAUUGUUUGGACCUCUGGAAGGUAAUUCAAUAAAUUUGUUUGAUGUAUAUGGAA